CUUCAUCAUUCUUCUGUUCCGCAGCCGCUGCUUUUUCCUUUCCCGCACGCGAUGGCUGUCUGCGGCGCCGUAGGAUUCUUUCCCCCUGCACGCGCACCCCCGGUGCCACUGCCUCCACUACUCCUACACUCGCGCCGUACUAUCUCCUUCUGCCGGUCACGGGCUCACGGCUUCUGCCUUCUUCCUGCCGCACGCGCCGCCCAUUCGACGGCCGGAGCUCUCGGUCUUGGCUUCUACCUUCUGCACGCGGCCUUCGCAUCGCAACGGUAUGUCAGCCCCCUGAUGCUGAUCGAGGGAGGCUGCGUUUCUGAUGGUUUUCUCACUCGCCGUUGCUUCGCUCGGGGUCGUAGAUCUGCCACCGGAGGGGGGGGGGGGGUUGUUGCUCCGCCGCCGGCCACCUCUGGCGGCUGCCAGAGCUCGCCGAGUGGUGUCACUCCACACUCAUAGUCAAAUAGGCAUGGCAGAGACCUCGGAUGUGUUUCCUGAUGAUGCCAAUGGAAGUGCUGCAGUUCAGAUUGAACCUUGUGCCAACGAGGAUGUGUUGUUCCUUGAUGAUAUGGAUUCUUUUUGGGAUGAAGUAAAUGCUACGCUUCAUGUUUCAAGAGUUGUGACUGGUGCUGUCAUCAAGGGAAUUGUAAGUGAUGCAGAACAUGAUGUGGCUCGGAUGAUUGCUUCCAAGGAUACUGAGAUAGCAUUGCUAAAUCAAAAGCUGCAGCAACUCGAAAAUAGCAGCUUAAGUUUGCCUGAAGGGCGGGAUAAAAGAUAUGAUGAGUUUUAUAGUCUCCGUCAACAGCUUGAUUCCAUUUCAAAGUCACUCUUGAACUCUGAAUGGGGGCUUUCGGGAUCACAGCAUAACUCGGAAGGUUCAGAAGAUGUGAGUAUGCAGAGGGGCAAGGAACAAUCCUUCAGAGAUGGUAUAGCAAAGGAAAAUGGUUCUAAAGCCUCACAAGAAAAGGUUUUCAGUGACCCGGCACUUCUGAGGCAUUUGGAUAAGGAUCAAGUGAUAGCCCAUUUUAAUAAAGAGAUGAAUGAGAUGAAAAGGCAGCAUGAUUCAGUUGUGCACGAGAUGACGGAAAAGAUAUUCAGACUAAAGCGUGAGAACCUAAAUAAAGAAGGAGCUAACCCUUGCCAUUUACGGAACAACAAAGAACUUGAGCAAAUGAGGAGGAAAAUCGAGGAUGCCAUCUCAAAGUUGGAUGCGCUCCUCUUGGAGAAUAAAAGAGCCUUCGUUCGCAUCAAGUCGGAUGCAUUUCCUGGUCAACAAGACAAGAGCAAUGUGGUAGAUUCUGAUAUCCAGCAACUACUAGGUGGUGAAACUAAUAUUGAAGAAGAACCUUGCUCUAUUCCAAGUAAGGCUUUGCAUUUUGCAUCCAUAGGGGCAGAUCAUGAAAAUCAUGUUAUAAGGCUUGAAUCUGAUAUUGAAGAUGCUAGCAUUGCAACCAUCAUUAGAGAAGCGAUAGAAAAGAUUGUUGUAAAAGAGUAUGUUAGUGAAAUAAAAAUAGGAUUGCAUGGUUAUGAGAUGGAGCUUAAUAUGAAGCAGGAAGUUUGCCCAAUCAUUCAGAAUGAGGCUAUUGCGGAAGCAAUGUCAAACAUUAAUUCUUUGUUGCUAAAGAACAAUGAGGAAAAAGGUUGUGCUGAAGCUGAGUUUCUGCUGAAGCAGAAAAUUGACAAACUGAAUCUAGUUGUGGAUUCCUUCACUGAAGUAGUGAGGGAAAAGGAAGAAUUCGUGUCACAGAUUGGAUUGGAGGCGAUGGAGAUUCGUGUUGAUUCACUGUACCGUGAGCUUGAUUUCCUAAGGGACAAAGUGGGAAAGCAAGAUUCCUACAUAUCUGGAAAGAGCAUGGAGUUUGAUAUCAUUGUGGGCAGGUUGGAGCGAGCUCAGCAACAUGUUCAACGCAACGAUGUCACUUUGAGUGAGUUGAAUGAUAGAUUUAGAACCAUUUCAGACUCUUUAAAGGUGUUGGAGAAACAAAAUCAAGCUCUACAUGCUGUCCUCGAAGAAAAGGAGAAGACACUAACUUCUGCUGUUUCCAAAGACAAUGAGUUCAAAGAAUGCAUGAAACACAUUGUUGAAUCUACGAGAGAUUUUGAAAAAUUCAUUGCAGAUCAACAAACUAUUGUUGCAAAUAAAGUUCAGCACAGCGAAUCAAGGUUUUGUUUACUAAAAGAACAAUGUAAACACCUUGCGAGAGAAGGCAAUCUGUUAAAAAAGAAAGCAUUGCGAUACAAAGAGAUAUCUGAGACAAGAGGCUCCAAUCUUCAGAAAGCUGAACUCGAGGUGGAUUUACUUGGUGAUGAGGUUGAGGCCUUAACAGAUCUUCUUGCAAAAAUCUAUAUUGCCCUUGACCAUUAUUCUCCAGUCCUGCAACACUACACUGGUGUUAUGGAGACCUUGAACAUGAUUAAGAAACAUAUUAGCAUGGCAAAGUAAAAUGCAUCUGCCUGUUAAUAUCAGGUGGUCUAUGUUAACCAUAACUGUGGUAUUAUCGGCUUGACAGCGUGCUUCUAGUGCUUUGAGAUAACUUUUGUAGGUGGAUGCUAGCUUUUGUUGUCGAUUCAAGGACUAGGUUUUGCAGAGUGGCUUGCUUCCCUUUUAUAGGCAGUACUCUUGGUAGCCUUUGACCACUUUGUAAAUGGCCCAACCAUAGCUAUUAGUUCUUGUGUUUGGCUUUUGAUGCCAUGGGUUUUGUCACCUGUUAUGCUGGGUUGCAAAGGUGAACUCUGGUAACAGUGACCUACUUGAAUGAACAAGAGUGGUAGUGGACUGGAUUUUGAAAGCUGAGUUUUCAGGUGUUUUUUUUCUUGCACAGCGGCUGAAGACUUGUGGCGCUCACUCAUUAGUUUUACUGCCUGAUGAUAAUCUGAUGAAGCAUUUGUGUUCCAAGACAUAGUUUGGAUUUGGAUUUGCUCUCCUUCGGUCCUUGCUAUCAACAAUUGACAGUUUUGGAAACUUGUCAUGAAAAAUGUAGCCUAUAUGCUGUUGUGAUACUCAAUGCCAAGUAAAAGUUCAGUCAUGGCAGUUGUCAAACACUA